AUUUCACCCAUGUGACACUCCCUAACUGACUAACAGCCAGUUCCUCUCAGCCAAGGCCUACCUCAAAACUUUUAUGAAACUCCCCCUGCCUUUUUUUUUUUUUCAAUAAACAUGUAGAUUUAUUUGAAAUCAGUUUGGUGUGUGAUGCAGAUUGGUUUUGCAGCCUUUUUAAAAAUUGUUCCCCAAAAUAAUGAAAGCUAUUUUAAAGAGUUGUGUGCUCAACUUUUAAAAUAACAUGUUAUUAAGGAUUUGGCUUCUAUUGCUCUUGUCAGGAAUCUAAUGUAUAUUUCUCCUUAUGUUUCCUUUAAGGUUCUUUCUGACAAAGGUAAUAAUAACAUGCCUAUCUGUGAUAGCAUCCAUAGAUUGCGCCUGGUUUCUGGAAAUUCAUUUUGACUCUGUGGCAGCCAGGAUGGAUAUGACCUUGUCUGUGAUUAGAAAACAUAGUGUUUACUGAGUCUUGGUUCCUUUUCCAAGAACAGCAGAAAAUGAUCGAGUACCAGACACCAGUGUCAUUCAAAGAUGUUGUUGUGGGCUUCACCCAAGAGGAGUGGCACCGGCUGAAUCCUGCUCAGAGGGCCUUGUAUCGGGAUGUGAUGCUGGAAACGUACAGCAACCUUGUCUCAGUGGGUUACGAAGGCACCAAACCAGAUGUGAUCCUCAGACUGGAGCAGGAAGAAGCACCAUGGAUUUGUGAAGCAGCAUGCUCAGGUUGUCAUUGUUGGGAAGACAGCUGGCAAGUUAAUACCCAGAGGAAAAGAUGGCAAGAUAUACUUUUGAAGCAAGGUGCAUUCAUCAGCAAGAAAACAUUGCCCACUGAAAAAAGCCGUGAAUGUAAUAAGUUUGGAAAAACAGCACUUCUGAGCACUGACCUUUUUUCUUCAAUUCAAAGCCGCAAUAACUGGGACCUUUAUGGAAAGAGUUUGAACCAUAAUUUAGACUUGAGUGAUUUUAAGAGAAACUGUGCAAAAAAGCAAGAUGAGUAUUAUGGGUAUGGGAAAUUGCUACAGUGCAUAAACCACGAUAGAAGACCUAAUGGAGAAAAACCCUGGGGGUGCAGACACUGUGAGAAAGCUUUUACCCGUAACCCAGCACUUAUGUAUAAACCAGCAGUAACUGAUUCUCUUGGAUGUAAACGAAAGAGGGCUCCACCUACAGAAAAACCCCAUGUAUGUAGUGAAUGUGGGAAAGCCUUCUGCUAUAAAUCUGAAUUCAUUAGGCAUCAAAGAAGUCACACUGGGGAGAAGCCUUAUGGAUGCAGUGACUGUGGAAAAGCAUUUUCACAUAAGUCAACCCUCAUUAAGCACCAGAGAAUUCACACUGGGGUAAGACCCUUUGAAUGUUUUUUUUGUGGAAAAGCCUUCACCCAGAAGUCACACCGUACAGAACAUCAACGAACACAUACAGGAGAGAGACCCUUUGUGUGCAGCGAAUGUGGGAAGUCAUUUGGUGAGAAGUCAUACCUCAAUGUACAUCGAAAAAUGCACACAGGAGAAAGACCCUAUCGCUGCAGAGAAUGUGGAAAAUCCUUCAGCCAGAAGUCUUGCCUCAAUAAACAUUGGAGAACUCAUACGGGAGAAAAACCCUAUGGAUGCAAUGAAUGUGGCAAAGCUUUCUACCAGAAGCCAAACCUCAGUAGACAUCAGAAAAUUCAUGCUAGAAAUAACGCCUACAGGAAUGAAAACCUAAUUAUUAUGGGAAAGUCUUGAGCAAAAUAUCCAUUUUCAUUGUAUAUAAGGGACUUCGUCCUUAAGAGAACUCUUAUUGAUUUAAUGAAUUUGAGCAGUGUUUUAUUAUAAUCGAAAUCAUACUCUAAUUGUGAUACAAACUUUUCAGAAAAUACUUUAUGAAACAUAUGUGGUUACCCUAGCAUAUAAAAGCUUUAAAAUGCUUUAAAUAGAAUAACAACAGAAUACAAAAUAUAUGUGAAGAGACAAAGUAUGUUCAACAGUGAGCCAUGCAAUCAGCACUAUUUGUAUUUUGGAGUUGUGAAUGUGAAUUUAACAUAAAUUGUGAAUAUCAAACAUGUUACAUAGUAUAUAGAAUGCCAUUCACCAAACUUUUCCACUCUUCAAAUCACCAUCAUAUUUUGGUGUUGUAUCAGUACUGUAAAUAACAACAAUGUGGCCCACUAUUUUAAAAACAACUUUAUUAUACCAGCUACAUUUUCCACCUUUUUUGUAAUAAAUGUAAAUGGCUCUAGCAGUUGUUAUUGAGCCCUUUUCAGAAUAAUAAAGCAAUAUUUUAAAAUCUUUUGAUAAGUCAGCUAAAAACUUGACUAUAAACAUUUAUGUUGAAAAUGCAAAGGUAAGGAAUAAUUUAACAGCCUAAUAUUGGGUAAAUGAAACACUGUAAACUUGAUUACUCAGCACACUCACUAUUUGACAAAAAGUAGUCAACCUGGCACACUGUGCACUGUUCAUAUUUUCUUAGUCUUGCUUCAGAUGUUCUAUAGUGGAUUAGAAGAUGAGGUACACAAUAUUCUUUACAUGGGUCUUAUAAUUCAGAAAUAUUUUCUGUAGAAACCAAUGAAGGAAAUUUUAUUUUUCUUUAUUUUUCUUUUUUGCAAAUGUAUUAAGCAACAUCAAUUUUUCUUCUUUAUAAAUUUCUUUGUGAUUAUCCUGGAUACUAAAUCUCAAGGUUUUCAUCAGUUCAGUGUUUGAAAAUGAAUCUGCUUCUGUGAGCUCCAUAUCAUAUAUAUAAGAAAAGAAAUGGCGACUUGGAAUCUGCAUUUUUUAAAAGUGCCUCCAUGUAAGACUGCCUGAUCCAGAAUGAGAAAGAUGUAGUAACCACAGAUUUAGACAUGAUUUUUAAUGAUAAAAAGAUACCUCAUAUAACCCUAGAUAAAAAUAUUUUAAAACCGAAAACGAUGCUUUUUUAGAAAACCAUAAGUUAUUAAAAUUACAAUAAGUAGAUAACUUGGUAGAACAAUUGCCAUUGAACUACUUGGAAAAGUGAUUAAAGAUCUACAGUGGAAAAAGGCUCCAGGCUCAGAUGAUUCUACCUACUCUUAAAGAAAGAGUAAUACUAGUGUUAUUUAUUAUAUGAAUAUAAUAGAAUCCAUAAACUGUACUCCUCAUUUACUUUAUGAAGUCAGAAUAAGCUUAACACCAAAA